GAUGAGCACAGAAGCACAAGUUGAAUCGAUCGAAGAAACAUGGGCACGCUUAAUGUGUACAUUUUACUCUGUCUAGCAGCUGCAGUUUACUGUGGGCCUGUGUCAUAUAUGACAGCGCAAGAUGAGAAUUUUGCAGAGAGCUACUUGAAAAAAUUCUAUGACCUAAAGGACGAAACUGGCCCAUCUGUCAGACGUGGGAUCAGUCCACUCAACAAAAAGCUGAGUGACAUGCAGAGAUUCUUCGGUUUAAAAAUCACAGGAACACUGGAUGCUGACACAUUGGAGAUGAUGAAGAAGCCCCGCUGUGGUGUUCCAGACAACAAAGUAGCCGAUUUCUCCACUUAUCAAAACAACCUCAAGUGGCAGAAAAAUAGUCUGACAUACAGGAUAGAGAACUACACACCAGACAUGUCCCAGUCAGAAGUCGAUGACGCUAUUGAAAAAGCCUUGGACGUUUGGGCCAAAGUUACUCCUCUUAGAUUCACUAGAAUUUAUAGUGGGACAGCGGACAUCAUGAUUUCAUUUGGUCGCCAGUCACAUGGGGAUUUUUACCCCUUUGACGGCCCUGAUGGAACUCUAGCCCACGCCUUCGCUCCUUCCUCUGGCAUUGGAGGAGACGCUCACUUUGAUGAGGACGAGACCUUCACCUUUCGUUCAAAUUCUGGAUAUGUUCUCUUCCUGGUGGCAGCCCAUGAGUUUGGUCACUCACUGGGAUUGUCUCAUUCUAAUGACCCUGGCGCCCUCAUGUACCCUGUGUACUCAUACACAAACCCUUCCAACUUUCGUCUACCGCAAGAUGACGUCAAUGGCAUCCAGUCUCUUUAUGGUCCCAAUCCUGAUGUGGAUCCUGAUACAAAUCCUGACAAGCCUCAGCCGCCUACCACUCCUGAUGCUUGUGAUGCAACCAUGGUGCUGGAUGCUGUGGCCACCCUGCGAGGAGAGAUGCUUUUCUUCAAAGACAGGUUCUUUUGGCGAGUCUACCCUCAGAGCAGAACCCCUCAGCAAAGUUUCAUCACAAAUCUGUGGCCCAAUGCCCCCAGCAAAAUUGAUGCUGCUUACGAAAGCCAACUGUCGGGGAAUGUUUUUCUCUUUAAAGGUCGUCGAGUUUGGGCUUUUCGUGGCUAUGACCUUGUUCAAGGAUAUCCUAAGGCACUAACAACCUUUGGUCUGCCCAAAGAAGUGAAAAAAAUUGAUGCUGCUCUGUAUGAUGUGGAAUCAAGGAAGACGCUAUUCUUCGUUGGUAAAUCUUACUACAGCUAUGAUGAAGCCAGUAAGACAAGGGACAAGGGAUUCCCCAAACGUGUCGAUGAGACCUUUUCUGGCCUAACCGGGAAGGUGACAGCAGCGUUACAGUACAACAGUUUUACCUACAUCUACAGUGGACUCCAGAUGUUUGAGUACAGCCUGAGCACUGGGACGUUUUUCCGUGUGUUGGGAAACAACUACUUUUUGCCCUGCACUAACUUCUAGAUCAUCUUACGUUGUUCAUGUGAAGGAACCGAGAAUCAAAACGAGUGGACACAAAUGGAAAUUGGUUCCAUCGCCUCUUGAAUUGUUUCAUGCUUUCUUUAAUUAUCCAUAUUUUAACAUAUUUUUCAUCAUAAUAUUAAUCAUUAUUUUGGGUUGUUUUUGUCACUUUGUUUUUAUCAAGUUAAAAGUAAAUUAAAUGGUGGCUCACAGGAGGAAGUGAUAUUGUAUUUACUGUACAUGUUUUGUAUUGUAUGUCACACUACAGUGACCACACGCUUGAAUGUACAGAUGCAAAGACUGUGAAAAAAGAAAAAAAAAAGAUCGAAUAAAUACAAUUCUAGUCA